CAACUUCCGACGUUUGCACGACGUCGCUCACAUCACGCAUCGCGCGCUCUCUUUCCGGUUCUUCACGAGAGAUAGCUUCAUCUGCUCGAAAUGGCGAAACGCACGAAGAAGGUCGGAAUCACCGGGAAAUAUGGCACCCGUUACGGUGCCUCCCUUAGGAAAAUGGUUAAGAAAAUGGAGAUCACCCAACACAGCAAGUAUACUUGCUCGUUUUGCGGCAAGGAGGCGAUGAAGCGCAGCGUCGUAGGCAUCUGGUCCUGCAAACGCUGCAAGAGGACAGUUGCCGGUGGCGCGUGGGUGUAUUCCACGACGGCUGCCGCGUCAGUGAGGUCGGCUGUACGCCGAUUGCGGGAGGUGAAGGAACAGUAAAUGUAAUAAAUAUCUUUAACAAUUU